UGGAUGAUGAACAGUCUCUGCUGCUCUCACAGCUUUAUCCAGACCAAAUUAAAGGCAGAGAGCUUCCAGAAGAGAAUGAUGGAGAAGAAUCCACCAGGAUACAAGAUGAUGGAAAUGCUUCCACUUCUUCAGAGGCUGAAGACACUGAGGAGGAUGAAGAGGACAGUGAUGUAGAGCACCCUCUCUCUGAGCUGAAACACUUGUCAGACUCUGGAUAUAAAAAAUGUUCUGUAAAGAAGAAAAAUGUGGUGUCAUGUAGGAAAGUCCACACAGGAAUGAAGCUUAGCUGCGAAGACUGUGGCAAAACAGUUAUUGGAAAAUGCGCUUUGAACACAUUCAUGAGAAUCCAUACAGGAAAGAAGCCUUUCUGUUGUGAUAUAUGUGGAAAAAGAUUUAGUCUAAAAGGAAAUCUCAACAGGCACAUGGGAAUCCACACAGGAGAGAAGCCUUUCUGUUGUGAUCUAUGCGGGAAAGGAUUUAGCCAAAAUGAAACUUUAAACAGACACAUGAGAAUCCACACAGGACAGAAGCCUUUCUCGUGUGAUCUGUGUGGACAAACAUUCAGACAAAAGGGAUAUUUAAACACACAUAUGAGAAUCCACACAGGAGAGAAGCCUUUCUGUUGUGAUCUAUGUGGACAAAGCUUUAGCCAAAAAGGACAUUUAAAUGCACACAUGAGAAUCCACACAGGACAGAAGCCUUUUUGCUGUGAUCUAUGUUUACAAAGAUUUGGAAAAAAAUCUGAUUUAAACAGACACAUGAGAAUCCAUACAGGACAGAAGCCUUUCUCUUGUGAUGUAUGUGGACAAAGGUUUAGCCGAAAAGAACAUUUAAGCUCGCACGUACGAAUCCAUACAGGACAGAAGCCUUUCUGUUGUGAUUUAUGUGGACAAAGAUUUAGCCAAAAAGGACAGUUAAACACACACAUACGAAUCCAUACAGGACAGAAGCCUUUUUGCUGUGAUCUGUGUGGAAAAAGAUUUAGCAAAACAUCUUAUUUAAACAGACACACUAGAAUCCAUACAGGUCAGAAGCCUUUCUGUUGUGAUCUAUGUGGACAAACAUUUAGCGAAAGAGGGACUUUAAACUCACACAUGAGAAUGCACACAGGACAGAAGCCUUUUUGUUGUGUUCUGUGUCAACGAACAUUUAGCCAAAAAUCUGCUUUAAAAACACACAUGAGAAUCCACACAGGACAGAAGCCUUUCUCUUGUGUUCUGUGUCGACGAAGGUUCAGCCAAAAAUCAGCUUUAAACACACACAUGAGAAUCCACACAGGACAGAAGCCUUUCUGUUGUGAUCUAUGUGGAAAAAGAUUUAGACAAAAAUCAAAUUUAAAUUCACACAUGAAAAUCCAUACUGGAGGAAAAAUGGUGCUGCCAUGAAUAUUAACUCUACAAAGCUGUAGUUUGCUGUGAGAUGUUUGUGUGUUGUCAUUAAAGGCAACAGUCUUCACAGAA